ACCAUUCCCAUGUGCUCCACGGACUGACUGGCACCGUUGCGUAGUAGUGGCUGUUUGCGCUUCAACCAGCACGGACGGGUCGUUUAACGCACGCAUCGGGUCGCGUAAUUGGGCGUCGGAGUACCGCACCACGCCAGUGAAGCUAUUUAUGCUUGCCAUACCUCUUGAAGCAUCCAAUUGAACCAAUUUCGCCGGCCUAAUCAAACGGAAUUGUGUAGUUUCGUGGUUUUCCCUUUCGUUGUGAGCGCUGCUGAGCUAGUGAAUCGUCGUGUGCGUGUUCGUGAGGUCGAUCUAAAAGCGCAACUCGUUAUUACUUUGUUGCAAAAACACUUCUUCCCCUGUCUCGUUGAAACGUGAUCAUCACUUCAGAACUGCAUCGGCAACUAAUUCUGCAUUCCAUAGAGUGAAAACCCCUACGGAUCUACGAUCACAGGUGCUUGGGUUUGCAAAUUUGUGUCACCGUAGUUUGCUUUGUGCAGUGAGGCAGACGACAAGCAUGGCAACGAUGCAGUUUACACGCAACUUGUUGCAGCAGUGCAGCAGCCGCCACCAGGGUAGCGGAGCACGCCUCGCCCUCUAUAGCACUGCGACGGCCGGUAACAGCAAGCUCCGGCAGAUCAUUCAACACCAGCUGGACGAUAUUCGCGAAGCCGGCACGUACAAGAGCGAGCGCAUCAUUACGACCCCGCAGGCGACGGCCAUCGGUGUCGCUGGAAGCAGUGGCAAAAUUCUUAACUUUUGUGCCAACAACUACCUCGGAUUAUCGGCAAACGACGAAGUCAUCAACUACGGCAAGAAAGCGCUGGACGAGUACGGUGCCGGCCUCAGCUCGGUCCGCUUCAUCUGCGGCACGCAGGACAUUCACAAGCAGCUGGAGGAUAAGCUGUCCAAGUUCCAUGAGCGUGAAGACACCAUCCUUUACGCGUCCUGUUUCGAUGCAAAUGCGGGCAUCUUUGAGGCCGUACUCACACCGGAAGAUGCCGUGUUUUCGGACGAGCUGAACCAUGCCUCCAUCAUCGACGGUAUACGGUUGUGCAAGGCGAAGAAGGCCCGCUACCUGCACCGGAAUAUGGCCGAUUUGGAGGAGAAGCUUCGGACGACGGACGCACGCAUCAAGAUGAUCGUCACGGACGGUGUGUUCUCGAUGGACGGUAAUGUAGCACCGCUGCCGGAGAUAUUUGAACUGGCGGACCGGUACGGUGCGGUCACGUUUGUGGACGAUUGCCAUGCGACCGGAUUCUUUGGCCGCACCGGACGUGGUACGGAAGAGUUUUACGGAAUGCUCGGUCGGUGUGAUAUCAUUAACUCUACGCUCGGAAAGGCGCUCGGUGGUGCAGCCGGUGGUUACACGACCGGUCCGCGCGAGUUGGUUGACCUGCUGCGCCAAAAGUCGCGUCCGUAUCUGUUCUCGAACUCGCUGCCACCGCCCGUCGUGGCCAGCGCAUCGAAGGUGAUCGAUAUGCUGAUGGAAUCGAGCGAGCUGACGGCCAAGGUGCAGAGCAACACGCGUCGCUUCCGGGAGGCAAUGACCAAGGCCGGGUUUACCAUCUCCGGUAUGGACCAUCCGAUUAGUCCGGUGAUGUUGGGCGAUGCACGGCUCGCCUCGAAUUUUGCGGACGAGAUGCUGAAGCGUGGCAUCUACGUGAUUGGAUUCAGCUAUCCGGUCGUGCCGAAGGGAAAGGCUCGCAUUCGUGUGCAACUAUCGGCCGCACACUCGGAGGAAGAAAUUGACCGCGCUGUGGCAGCAUUUAUUGAGGUCGGCAAGAAGCUGGGUGUGGUGUCAUAAGCAUUCGGCCUUUUUUUUUGUUAACUUUCCAACAUGAACGGAUUUGUGUA